UGGACACUAUAUACUUUAUAAAAGAACACAACAACUGCGUAAUAUGGAACUCUACAAACAUGUUGAUUUCUAGAUUAUUCAAUGCAGAGAACACAUACAGACAAUGUUUUUGUUUGAAUGGACUGUGUAAUGCAUGAAAAGGGAGUCAUUUCUAUACACAAUUCAUUACUCAGUGGACAUUUUCGAUGAUUUGGAAUGACAUCGGCGGUAUAUGGAUAGAUAUGGCUUUUCCCAGGUAACAACGCUGUAACAAUUGGAAUAUUAUCAACAUGAUGGCAGUGAUACGGAAGUUCAAGUUACACACAAUGUUAUUUGCUGUGAUAUCCAUGUGGAUUUUGGGAUACUUACUUUUCAUGUACCAUUGUAAUACGACUGUGAAUCCUCAUGAUACGUCUUCCAACGAUAAUCCAAACCAUGACUUGAUCAGUAAUAAUUUGGUAAAGAAUGAACUUUUAGAUCUCACAAGACAGAACACUCAUUUGAGAAAAACAAUUGACUCUUUGAAUCACAAUAUCCAGGAGAUGAAUGAAACUAUAGAAUCAUACAAGAUUAAACAUCGGGGUGGUAUGGAUCUGAUUGCACACAGAGGAAAUUUGAGCAACUACAAAGUUGACCAAAACUUUGAGUCUUUAACAAGAAGAUACAAAGGAGGCAUCCACCAACUGUGGCAGUAUCUUAAAUCAGAACUUCCGUUAUUUAAAAGCAAAUUUGAAGGUGAUAACAAGGAUAUCAAAGAUACCAUUAAAGCAAUUGAAGACCGGUACAUGGCGAUAAUAGCUGCACAAAAACUUGCAAACAAAGCAGAUGGUUUAGAUGAACUAAGGCGCAAUGAAAGUGAAUCUCUAAAGUUAUUGAUUCGGAAAAGGUUGCUCCACAUUCAGAAUCCACCGGAGUGCACGACAGCAAGAAAGUUGAUAUGUUCUUUGAGACAUAAAUAUUGUGGAUUUGGGUGUCAGAUUCACCAUAUCACAUAUUGCUUUAUAAUGGCGUAUGCCUCUAAGAGAACAUUGAUCUUAGAUGAUUCACUGUGGUCUUACUCCAAUAAAACACAUGGAGCUUGGGAGAGAAUGUUCCUUCCAUUAUCAACAUGUAACAUGACAAAUUCAGCAAUACCUCCAGUCAAUGUGUCAUUAUCUCCACGUGAUGUACCAAAAUCAAAAUGUGAUAGAUAUGGACUGGACGAUUUCUUAGUAAAUUGCAGGAAUGAGCAGACUGUAUAUUGCCCAGUUAUUGAGAAGAUGAAGAGUUGGAAGCCAAAACAGCUCCCCUACGCCGUACCCGAGGAUAUUGCUGAGAGACUUGGCCAUCUUCAUGGUAACCCGAUUGUUUGGUGGAUCGGUCAAUUCGUGACAUACAUUAUGAGGCCAAGUCCUCGACUGAACUAUUACAUAGAGGAAUCUUAUUACCGCUUAGGCUUUGACUUAAAGGCGCCUGUUAUUGGUAUGCAUAUUCGUCGUGGUGAUAAAAUUCAGUCUGAAGCCAAGCUUCAUGAAUUGGAGGAAUACAUGCAGCAUGCUGAUGAAUUCUAUAAACUGUAUGAAACCAUGGAAAAUAGACCAAUUCCUAGACAUAUAUACCUUGCUACUGACGGUGUUAAUGUUUAUAAAGAUGCUGUUAGUAAAUACAGCCAGUACACAUUCAUGGCGGAUGAGAAUCAGGAUGAUUGUAGGAAAUGCUUCAAGCAAGAUAACGAAGUUGGCCUACAAGCAAUUGCAAUAGAUGUUUUUCUUCUCUCCAAAACAAACUUUCUUAUCUGUACCUUCUCUUCUCAGGUGUGUCGAUUAGCUUAUGAAUUGAUGCAGGGAUUACAUCCAGAUGCGCAUGAUUAUUACGUAUCGUUAGAUGAUGCGUACUAUUUUGGUGGUGCUUUGCCUGGUGAAGAUGCCAUUGCUAUUUAUGAACACCAUCCACCUCAGUCACAAUGGAAAGAAAUCAAUCUGAACCCUGGAGACAAAGUGACAAUCAUCGGACACCAAUGGAAUGGUUAUUCAUACGGCACUAACCAAGAUACAAGAGAAAGGGGACUUUUCCCAACUUAUAAAGUUGAUGUCAGGAUAACAGUCGCUAAAUUUCCCACAUAUCCAUUUAUUCAAACCUGAUUUAGCACUUACCUCAUCCAGUUAAUCAUGUCGCAGAGUAUAUUUCUUUU